GUAAGCCAUGUGUAAGCCAUAAGAGCUUUAAGCACAGCCUGUGCCUCACUGGGACACUGCCUCCAGUACAGACCAUCCAGCGGGCUGCCACUGAACACUGCGUUACACCCAGAAGUGCAGGUUGCUCUCCUGUUUCUUCAGUUUUUGGGAUUUAUCCAUUCUGUGUUUCAUGAGUAGCUUUGAGGACAUCCCCUUUAAGAUCCCCAUGGGUGCCCUAGAUGAGCCACUGGAAGAGACUCGAGAGGUAACAGCUCCGGACAUCAACGUUCCAGAUUGCCUUCAAAUACUUCAAGAUACAAAGUAUGACUUUAGUGUGGAAAACUGGGUUCUAAGUAGUCUUCAAGGUUCCUGUGGUUCUUGGUCAAGCACGCAUCCCUCCUGCCCCCCUCACUGGAUGAUGUUAAGCAGCCCUCAGGAAGGUCGCAUGUCCCGACGAAGAAGCAGUGAAAGCUGGGAGUCCAAGCGUCGCCCGCGUAGCCACAGUCUGGGCGCAGCCGACAUGGGCUACCCCCAACAGCACCGCACAGUCAAGUUCCUUGUUGAGUCCGAGUGUGACGCUGGUGGAUACUCUGAAGAUGAUGAAGGUUCAUCCACAGAGGACAGUGCGCACUGCCAGUCCUGCCAGUGUGGGGAUAGGCCCCGUAGCUCAGGGCCAAAGCGGCUGGGCUCCAGGUGGAUUGAGAUCCAGCAGAACACCUCUCCUCGUCUGUCCGGACAGUCCUCCCCACGGACCACGUCACGUCCCAGGAGAUCCAUGUCCACUGGCCAGGACAUUCAGCUGGCACCACAGCGGCUGGCCAGCCCACAGUGCCACAGCCAAAGGACAUCCAACAGGCGUGGCACUCCUGCUUCCAGUGGUCGAAGGCAUUCACAGAGCCGAAAUCCAGCCACACUGAAUCCAGCCACAAUCACACCGUCCUCCACGCUGAUACAGACCAGGCCAUCCUCAGCUGGGCACAUCUCUACAUCCAGAAAUCACCAACCAGCUGCACAGAGGACUCAGCGAUGCAAGACUUCACAUGGACGACCAUCAGGGCAAGAUUCCGCAACAGAGCUGUUCUCUGCCCUGAGUCAGGACGAGAAGGAGCUACUGGACGUCAUAACUGAGCGGGGCUAUUCUCUCCGGACAGCCAUCAUUGCAUUGCAGAAGACCGGCCUUCGCAAACCUGAACAGAUCCUGAGUUACCUGGUGGCCUGCAAAAGAUUACGUGGUUUGGGCUAUGACCAAGUCCAGGUGGAAGAGGCUUUGGAAAUGUUCCAUUACAGCGAAAGCAAGGCUUCAGAGUUCUUGCGCCUCCUGACCCAGUUCAACGAGAUGGGCUUUAAAGAGAAUGCCAUUAAAGAGGUGCUGCUGGUGCAUGGCAACCACCGGGAGAGGGCCUUAGAGGAGCUCAUGAUGAACACAUUGUGAAAACUCUGCAUUUAGCUCAACACACAUGCUUUUGAUUAGUUGUUACCACCCAGUCCCCUUUUAGGAAUUGUUUUUGCAGAAAUUAUGCAUAACCGGAAAAAACUGUAUGCUUGCACAUAGAAACAUUAUUCAUGACACUUUACUAGGCCGAAAUUAAUUUUGACGUGGUCACAUGGAGAAAUUAUACAAAUACAGUAGACAUAAACCCAAUGGUGUUUUUUUCUUCUUCAACAGAUGGUUAACCAUGUGGUGUAAACUACAUUUUGUACCCAGGAUUAGGGGUGGGCCAA